GUUGUCAUUACGCGCCUGUGCGGUGGCGCUGCGGAGUAGUAGCAUUACACUGUAAUAGCGAGGGUUGCAUUGUGUGGGUUUUUAUUGCCUUGUGAAGUACCUUUUGCGGCUGACUGCCUGCCCUACGCGCUACGAUGGAAGAGAAAGCCGGAGGGGCGGGCUGAUAUCAUUUUAUCUUUCAUUGCUGAAUUCAAACAGUAGUAUUCUACCAGCUGAGCAAAGCCGUCACACCUGACUUCCUCGGCGCAGAAUCGACAAGGGCUCAUCCAUCGCGCAUCUCCGUUGUGGGAAUCGUACAGGAUUUUGUUUCCUUCAUAGCCGACAUCGUUCUAAUGUUCGCUUUUGAUUUUUAAAAAAUAUAAUUAUUUUUAUUUUUUACAUUAAAUAGCAUAUCGGUAUUAUCUCCGCUGUGUCGAGGGUUCAAAAGGUAACAGAACGGUGGCCGUGUGCACUGGGUUUGAUGUCCUUCUAACAAAAUUAAUGUGAAGAUGUGGGUGAACCCGGAGGAGGUUUUGUUGGCCAGCGCGCUGUGGAUCACGGAACGAGCGAAUCCAUAUUUCAUCCUUCAGAAGAGAAAGGGACACGGAGAAGGAGGCGGGGGACUCGCAGGGCUGCUGGUUGGAACUCUGGACGUGGUGCUGGACUCCAGUGCCCGAGUGGCCCCGUACCGAAUCCUGUACCAGUCCCCCGACUCCCUGGUGUACUGGACCAUCGCCCACGGGAGCUGCAGGAAGGAGAUCACGGAACACUGGGAAUGGCUGGAGCAGAACCUGCUGCAGACGCUCUCCAUCUUUGAGAACGAGAACGACAUCACCACCUUCGUCAAGGGCAAGAUUCAGGGCAUCAUUGCGGAGUACAACAAGAACCACGGCAUCAAGGAGGAUGACGACACAGACAAGUUCAAAGAGGCCAUCGCCAAGUUCCGCAAGCUCUUUGGAAUGCCCGAGGAGGAGAAGCUGGUGAACUACUACACCUGCAGCUACUGGAAGGGCAAGGUCCCCCGCCAGGGCUGGCUCUACCUCAGCAUCAACCACCUGUGUUUCCACUCCUUCAUGCUGGGGAAGGAAGCCGAGCUGGUGGUCCGCUGGGCGGACGUUACGCAGCUGGAGAAGAGCGCCACCAUGCUGCUGCCCGACAUGAUCAAAGUGAGCACGCGCUCGCACGAGCACGUCUUCUCCGUCUUCCUCAACAUCAACGAGACCUUCAAGCUGAUGGAGCAGCUGGCCAACAUCGCCAUGCGGCAGCUGCUGGACAACAAGGGCUUCGAGCAGGACCGCUCGCUGCCCAAGCUCAAGAAGAAGUCCCCCAAGAAGGUGUCUGCUCUCAAGAGGGAUCUGGACGCCCGUGCGAAGAGCGAGCGGUACAGGACCCUUUUCAGGCUGCCCAAGGACGAGAAGCUGGACGGACACACGGACUGCACCCUCUGGACGCCCUUCAACAAGACGCACAUCCUGGGCCAGAUGUUCGUGUCCACCAAUUACAUCUGCUUCACCAGUAAAGAGGAGACUCUGUGCAGCCUCAUCAUCCCGCUGAGAGAGGUGACUAUCGUGGAGAAGGCGGACAGCUCCAACGUGCUGCCCAGCCCUCUGUCCAUCAGCACCAAAAACAGGAUGACCUUCCUGUUCGCCAACCUCAAAGACCGCGACUUCCUGGUCCAGCGCAUUUCUGACUUCCUGCAGCAGACCACCUCCAAGAUUUACUGUGAAAGGGAGCUGACGGGCAGCUUCAACAGCUCCGACGAGGAGGCCUACUCCCGCCAGAGCAGCCUGCUGUCCUGCAGCCCCCAGGCCAGCCUGAGCUCCGAGUCUGAGGGCGACCGCCAGUUCAACCUGAACCACAACAGCGUCCCCACCGCCAGCCAGGCCCUCAUGACCAUGUACCGCAGGAGGUCGCCCGAGGAGUUCAACCCCAAACUGGCGAAGGAGUUCCUGAAGGAGCAGGCCUGGAGGAACCACUUCACUGAGUACGGCCAGGGCGUGUGCAUGUACCGCACGCAGAAGACCAAGGAGCUGGUGCUCAAGGGCAUCCCCGAGAACAUGCGGGGAGAUCUCUGGCUGCUCUUCUCCGGGGCCAUAAACGAGAUGACCACCCACCCGGGGUACUACGAGGACCUGGUGGAGAAGUCCAUGGGCAAGUACAACCUGGCCACGGAGGAGAUCGAGCGGGACCUGCACCGCUCGCUCCCCGAGCACCCCGCCUUCCAGAACGAGAUGGGCAUCGCCGCCCUGCGCCGCGUCCUCACCGCCUACGCCUUCCGCAACCCCAACAUCGGUACUGCAGCUAUGAACAUCGUCACCUCUGUGCUGCUUCUGUAUGCCAAAGAGGAGGAGGCCUUCUGGUUGCUGGUCGCCCUGUGUGAGCGGAUGCUGCCCGACUACUACAACACCAGGGUCGUAGGCGCGCUGGUGGACCAGGGCGUGUUUGAGGAGCUGGCUCGGGAGUACGUGCCCCAGCUGUACGACUGCAUGCAGGACCUGGGCGUGAUCUCCACCAUCUCCCUGUCCUGGUUCCUCACGCUCUUCCUCAGCGUCAUGCCCUUCGAGAGCGCCGUGGUGGUGGUCGACUGCUUCUUCUACGAGGGCAUCAAGGUCAUCUUCCAGCUGGCGCUGUCCGUGCUCGACGCCAACAUCGACAAGCUGCUCAACUGCAAAGACGACGGCGAGGCCAUGACCGUCCUGGGCCGGUACCUGGACAGCGUGUCCAAUAAGGACAGCACCUUACCCCCCAUCCCCCACCUGCACUCCCUGCUCACAGACGACCGGGAGCCCCACCCGGAGGUGGACAUCUUCAAACUGGUGCGCAGCUCCUAUGAGAAAUUCGGCAGCAUCCGAGCCGACGUGAUCGAGCAGAUGCGCUUCAAGCAGCGGCUGCGGGUGAUCCAGACCAUCGAGGACACCACGAAACGCAACGUGGUGCGGACCAUCGUGACUGAGACCGCCUUCAGCAUAGACGAGUUGGAGGAGCUCUACGUCCUGUUCAAGGCGGAGCACCUGACCAGCUGCUACUGGGGCGGGAACAGCAACCCCACGGACCGGCACGACCCCAGCCUGCCCUACCUGGAGCAGUACCGCAUCGACCUGGAGCAGUUCAGGGGGCUGUUCGGCCUGCUCUUCCCCUGGGCCUGCGGGGCCAACUCCGACUCGCUGGCCCUGCGCUUCUUCCGGCUGCUCGACCACAACGGCGACUCCCUCAUCAACUUCCGCGAGUUUGUGACCGGGCUGAGUGUGCUUUGUCACGGGGACCUCGCCGAGAAGCUGAAGAUCCUCUACAAGAUGCACGUCCUGCCCGAGGUGAUGCCCGAACAGGACGAGCCGGACUCCGCCUUCGAGGCGACGCAAUACUUCUUUGAGGACAUCACCCCGGAGACGUCCCACGGACUCGAUUCCAAGUCGAAGAGCGAUAAGGACGAUGGUUUUGUCAGAGUGACCUUCAAGACUGAAAAAGUGAAGAAGAUGCACACCCCAGACUACCGCACGUACCUCCGCCUGUGGAACCAGGAGAACAAGGCAAAGCUGGAGAACAUGAAGGAACUGCCCAAACUCAACCAGGGCCAGUUCAUCGAGCUGUGUAAGACCCUGUACAACAUCUUCAGUGAGGACCCCAGCGAGCAGGAGCUGUACCAUGCCACGGCCACCGUCACCAGCCUGCUGCUGGAGAUGGGCGAGGUGGGCAAGCUCUUCAGCUGCCAUGGCAACAGGGAGGAGGAGGACGAGGAGGAAGAGGAGGGCCGCGAGGGCGGCCGCAGCCGGGGGAAGGAGCAGAAGGCGCAGGGGGCGGACCCCUUUCUGCAGGGCGGGGGGGUGGGGGAGGAGGGCGGGGCCGGCCGGGAGCCCCUCCCCUGCCCGCAGAUGGAGGACAUCAAGCUGGAGGACUCGUCGCCCAGGGAUACGGGUGCGUCGUCCGCCAUGCUGACCUCGGACGACGAGACGAAGGACGACGCGUCGAUGUCGUCGUACUCGGUGCUGAGCUCCGGGUCGCACGAGCUGGACGAGAAGCUGCACUGCGAGGACAUCGCCGAGGACACGGUGCUGGUGCGCAGCGCUCACCACGGCGACCGCCUGCCGCACAGCGUCAGCAUCGACCGGGACUGGGCCAUCACCUUCGAGCAGUUCCUGGCCUCGGUGCUGACCGAGCAGGCGCUGGUGCUCUACUUCGAGAAGCCGGUGGAGGUGGCCGCCCGCAUCACCAACGCCAAGAACAUGCGCAAGGUCGGCCCCCUCACGUCCACCAGCGACUACGAGAUCUCCGCCCUCUCCGGGUGAACGGGGCCCCCGGCUCUGUCCCCCCUCCCGCCCCCCCUCAGAACUAUUGGAACUCAGGCAGGUCCGCCUCGAACUGCGGGGUCUGUUUGUGUAAUUGUUCCGAUGUUGCAUCUCAUUGACUGUCUGGUCAUAGGAGGACUCUCUCUCUCUCUCUCUCUCUCUCUCUCUAGCCACGUGAAACCCACUUAUUUACAUGUACAUUUAUUUAUAAUAAGCGGAAUACAAGGUGUGAUGCUCUGCUUCGUGAAGACUGCAAUCGAGGACUGUUAGACUGUUAAGUUUGUCAUGAAGGACUCAGCAGUUUGAAGCAUAGCCAUAGAGUAGAAAAGGGGUUUGUUGUUGACUUAGAUCAGGAAGUGCAAUCCUUUUAAAUGUGUCUUCAAUAUACUAAUUGAGCUUGUUCUAAUUUAUAUGAGUAAUGUACAGUGUGACACUGUACUACAGUAACCUCUUUGAUCAUGUCAGGCUAUGUAUUCUGUCUUUGUGAUCUUCAAUUACUCUUAACUACAAAGAAAAACUGUAAUGAUGUUCACAGCUGCAUCUAAUAUGAAAUGUAAUUCUGUGAUUUGACUACAUAUACACUUUGUAUAGAUUAAUGUAUUAGCUGUUGGUUGAAAUGUUGUUUUAAACAGGAGCACCUGCACUUUGAUUCAGUUUUUGUCAGAAAAAGGUUUACAUUUCUUUCUCUUUCAUUCUGCAGAUGAAAGAGAGUUGCUUGGCUUGUCCUUUCGGUAUCAGACUUUCGUUCCCAGCCUGUGCCCUCAUAGUGAAAUCAGCUGGUCUUUUUUUGCUGUAUUUUAAACUGCUGUGUUUGUUUUUGUUGUGAAUAUUUUAAACAUGUAUAUGGCUUCAAAACCACUCCAGCUAAUAAAAGAAUGUAGAAGGA